AUGGCUUUCCUCAAGGCUGCUGCUGCUGGCCUCCUCCUCGGAGCUGCCAAUGCUUCUCCUCACUAUCCCGUCUACGGUAACGGUACUCAGUACACCACCGAGGUCGUGACCGCCAUCACCACCUACUGCCCUGCUCCUACCACCCUCACCUACGGUGACAAGACCUACACUGUCACCAAGGAGACCACUCUUACCAUCACCGACUGCCCCUGCACCAUCAGCCACCCUCUCAAGCCCACAAAGCCCAUCAUCCCCGUCCCUACUGUUGUCUACACAACUGAGGUUCUCACUGCCAUCACCACUUACUGCCCUGAGCCCACCACUCUCACUCACGGCAACAAGACCUACACCGUCACUGAGCCUACCACUCUCACCAUCACCGACUGUCCUUGCACCGUCACCAAGUCUCAGACCGAGCACUACCCUCAGCCUACCCCCGGCAAGCCUGGCAAGCCUGGUCACCCCGGUAAGCCUGAGGGUCCCGGUCCUCACCCCACUGCUCCCGCUCCCGUCCCCGGAAAGCCCGAGCAGCCCAAGCCCGAGCCCGGUCACCCCGAGGCUCCCCAGACCACCGGCCCCGUCCCCGUCAACCCUACCAGCGACUACUCUCCUCCCGAGGGUACCAGCCCUGCCAUUGUCACCGCUGCUGCUGGCCGCAUCGCCCCUGCCGGCGUCCUGGCCUUCAUCGGUGCCAUUGCUCUCUUCUAA